GAGACACAAAGGCCACGCCUCCCAUAUACCACCAUUCUCAUUGGCUACAUUGGAGCACCACGCCCCGCCUAGAGGUGGGGGCCAGUUGCCCUCACUGCCCGGCAGCCGCAAGCAAUGGCUUGUCUGGGGCCUUCCGCACCGGUGCCGGAGUUACCGGAGAAGAACUGCGGGUACCGCGAGGUCCAGUACUGGGACCACCGAUACCAGGGCGCUGCCGACUCUGCCCCCUACGAGUGGUUCGGAGACUUCUCUUCCUUCCGUGACCUCCUAGAGCCGGAGUUGCGGCCAUUGGACCGUAUCCUCGUGCUAGGCUGUGGAAACAGUGCCCUGAGCUACGAGCUAUUCCUUCGGGGCUUCCCUGACGUGACCAGUGUGGACUACUCAUCAGUAGUGGUGGCUGCCAUGAGGGCUCGGUAUGCCCACGUGCCCACGCUGCGAUGGGAGACCAUGGACGUGCGGGCACUGGGCUUCCCUAGUGGCUCCUUUGACGUGGUGCUUGAGAAGGGCACACUGGAUGCCCUGUUAACUGGUGAACAGGAUCCCUGGACUGUGUCCUCUGAAGGUGUCCACACUGUGGACCAGGUGCUAAAUGAGAUGGUGGAGUACAAACGCGCCACACUGCGGGAUGAAGACGCUCCCGAGACCCCCGUAGAGGGCGGGGCCUCCCCGGACGCCGUGGAGGCGGGAUUCCGGAAGAGGACCAGUCGCCUCUUGCGGUUGCACACCCAGCUGGAGCUGAUCUUGGCUGGUGUCUCUCUACUGCUUGCUGCCCUGCUUCUGGGUUGCUUGGUGGCCCUGGGGGUCCAGUACCACAGAGACCCAUCCCGUAGCACUUGCCUCACAGAGGCCUGCAUUCGAGUGGCUGGAAAAAUCCUGGAGUCCCUGGACCGUGGAGUGAGCCCCUGUGAGGACUUCUACCAGUUCUCCUGCGGAGGCUGGAUUCGGAGAAACCCUCUACCUGAUGGGCGUUCUCGCUGGAACACCUUUAACAGUCUCUGGGACCAGAAUCAAGCCAUCCUGAAGCACCUGCUUGAAAACACCACCUUCAACUCCAGCAGUGAAGCUGAACGGAAGACGCAGCGCUUCUACCUCUCCUGCUUACAGGUGGAGCGCAUCGAGGAGCUGGGUGCCCAGCCACUGCGAGACCUCAUUGACAAGAUUGGUGGCUGGAACGUUACGGGGCCCUGGGACCAGGACAACUUCAUGGAGGUGUUGAAGGCAGUCGCAGGGACGUAUAGGGCCACCCCCUUCUUUACUGUCUACGUCAGUGCCGACUCUAAGAGUUCCAACAGCAAUAUUAUCCAGGUGGACCAGUCUGGGCUCUUUCUACCCUCUCGAGAUUACUACCUAAACAGGACCGCCAAUGAGAAAGUUCUUACUGCCUACUUGGACUACAUGGAGGAGCUGGGGAUGCUGCUGGGCGGACAGCCAACCUCCACGCGGGAGCAGAUGCGGCAGGUGCUGGAGCUGGAGAUAGAACUGGCCAACAUCACAGUGCCCCAGGACCAGCGGCGGGAUGAGGAGAAGAUCUACCACAAGAUGAGCAUUGCAGAGCUGCAGGCCCUGGCGCCCUCCAUGGACUGGCUGGAGUUUCUGUCCUUCUUGCUGUCACCGCUGGAGCUGGGUGAUUCCGAGCCUGUGGUGGUGUAUGGGACGGAUUAUUUGCAGCAGGUGUCGGAACUCAUCAACCGCACAGAGCCAAGUGUCCUGAACAAUUAUCUGAUCUGGAACCUGGUACAGAAGACAACUUCAAGCCUGGACCACCGCUUUGAGUCUGCACAAGAGAAGCUGCUGGAGACCCUCUAUGGCACCAAGAAGUCCUGCACACCGAGGUGGCAGACCUGCAUCUCCAACACCGAUGACGCUCUUGGCUUUGCUCUGGGCUCCCUCUUUGUGAAGGCCACAUUUGACCGGCAGAGCAAGGAAAUUGCAGAGGGGAUGAUCAGCGAGAUCCGGACCGCCUUUGAGGAGGCUCUGGGACAGUUGGUUUGGAUGGAUGAGAAGACCCGCCAGGCAGCCAAGGAGAAAGCAGAUGCCAUCUAUGAUAUGAUUGGUUUCCCGGACUUCAUCCUGGAGCCCAAAGAGCUGGAUGAUGUUUAUGAUGGGUAUGAAGUGUCUGAAGAUUCCUUCUUCCAGAACAUGUUGAAUUUAUACAACUUCUCUGCUAAGGUGAUGGCUGACCAGCUCCGCAAGCCUCCUAGCCGAGACCAGUGGAGCAUGACCCCGCAGACAGUGAACGCCUACUACCUUCCAACCAAGAAUGAAAUCGUCUUCCCUGCUGGCAUCCUGCAGGCCCCCUUCUACGCUUGCAACCACCCCAAGGCCCUGAACUUUGGUGGCAUCGGCGUGGUGAUGGGCCACGAGUUGACACAUGCCUUUGAUGACCAAGGGCGGGAGUAUGACAAGGAAGGGAACCUUCGGCCAUGGUGGCAGAAUGAGUCGUUGGCAGCCUUCCGGAACCACACGGCCUGCAUAGAGGAGCAGUACAGCCAGUACAAGGUCAACGGGGAGAAGCUCAACGGGCGCCAGACGCUGGGGGAGAACAUUGCUGACAAUGGGGGGCUUAAGGCUGCCUACAAUGCUUACAAAGCAUGGCUAAGAAAGCACGGGGAGGAGCAGCAGCUGCCAGCUGUGGGACUCACCAACCACCAGCUCUUCUUUGUGGGAUUUGCCCAGGUGUGGUGCUCGGUCCGCACACCCGAGAGCUCUCACGAGGGGCUGGUGACCGACCCCCACAGCCCUGCCCGCUUCCGCGUGCUGGGCACUCUCUCCAACUCCCGCGACUUCCUGCGGCACUUCGGCUGCCCUGUCGGCUCCCCCAUGAACUCAGGGCAGCUUUGUGAGGUGUGGUAGACCUGGGUCGGGGGAGAAAUGGCCAGCUCGGGUGCCGGAGCCUGGGGUAGCUUGCCCAGCCAGGCUGUCUGCUCUUGGGUUGAGGGAAGGCACAUGCCAGCUGGGCUGUGUCUUGUCCCUCCACACCAUAGGUGUGACAUGAGUCCUAGUCCCUCCUCAGCCACCACAUCGUGCCUCUGCUUUGGAGGUGCCCCUGCCUCCAGUAGAGUCCCUACCAUUCACUGUGAUGUUCUGUGUCACCCUGCCUGGAGGAGGCCUGGGCAGGGGCCACCAGCUCCCACAAGAAGGGGUCCACCUCUUUAGGCCCCCAGCUCAGUGGGUUUGGUGGCCACAGAGCCUGUUGUGCCUGCUGGCCACGCAGGGGUCAGCAGAUGUGCCUCCCACACAUCUCCCCAAGGUUCACUCACCGCUCCCUCGGGCACAGACGGAGCUCCUUUCAGCCCCGCCCCCAGGGGCGACCCUUAUUCCAUGUUCCUCGUGCUACUGCUCCUAAUACUGCUGCCAGCCCUCUCUGACGGACGCCCUGUGCUCAGCUCUUAGUGGAAGUCCAACAGCCUUCACAAACCUUCCUGUUGCCUCCCAGGGUCCCUGGGCUCAGCGGGGAUGCGUGUACAUGUCAGGGAUGCUAGGCCCUGCAUCUUGGGGUUACAAGUCUUAGGGGGUGACUGAUUCUCCCCGGACCAAGCAGGAAAGCAGAUAGAGUAGGAAAAGUGAAGGACAGAGUCUAUUUUUACAGGAAAGGGGGUGGGGAGGGAGUGGUCUUGGCCCUGGAGGACCCUGUGCCAAUAAAUAGACACGCAUCAGUCAUUCUGUCUCUUCCUUCAGUCCUGUUUUCAUUUACUCAUUCCACCAGUAUUUAUUGACUACCUGCUGUAUGCCAGGUACUCUUUAG